UCGCGCGCAGCGCCGCGCGCCGGCAUCGUAACGCGAAAGGUGCUUCGACGAACGCCGACGGGACAAAGGACGCUUUUGUACGCAGGCAGAAGGACGCCAUGUUCAUUUGUUAACGGACGUCAAGGUGUUCCCUGACGGGAGGAGCUAGGAGCAGCUGCCGUCACCGUCGUCGCCGUCGUCGCGGGCAGGAAGAGACGCCGCCGACCGACCGAGGAUACCUCGCUUUUCUCGCCCGACUCGCCAGCAUGGAGUGCGCCGAGUCGCAGAAGCGCAAAUGCGAGGAAUACGAGAUGCAGCUGUUCGGCUUCCAUUCCAGGGCCGUGUACGCGACUCUAAAAAAUAUCAUAAUGGAGAGAAUACAAUCCAAGAGCAAGAAAUUGUGCGAUACUCUGAAGGAAACUUGUAAGUUAGAAUCUGAGGACUUGGCGGUACUAGGGACGAUUGAACAGCAACUUAUAAAAGCUUAUCAUGUAGCUUCCUUGCCUCAUUUGAAAAACAUUGAGAAUAAUAUCAACAGGUUCAUCACUGUACCUCCUAAUGUCCUAUCUGAUGAGGAUAAAAUUCAGGCAACACAGUACACAGAAGCAGAAUUGAAGAAUAUGCAAGAGAAGCUGGAUAAUCUCCAGCAAAGAGCCAAAAGAACGACUAUAUUGAACGCAGCAUUGAAGGAGGAAUUACAGCUUAUAGAACAAUUUUCGAUCUGUGUGGACGAUGUCGGCAGGCUGAGUCACAUAAUUGAAAAUAGCGUCACUUGCCCGGAUAUCAGUGACAAAAUUAAUCAGUUAGUCGACGACUAUAAGAAACUAAACUUGGCUUUUGACACUAAAGUACCUGUGCCCCAAAGAACACUUUACAAUACUAUCAACAAUCUCAAAUGUAUAGAUUGCGACUUGGACAGCUUAUAAUUCUGAAGAGAGAAAUUAAUUUUGGAGUCGCACUCUCGCAUACUUUAUCGCUGUGAUAUUGCCUUUUCGAGAUUACAAUGUAAACACGUAGAAAAACUAAUGUAUUUCGCGAGUAUCAUUCGUUAUAUAAUUAUAUAUAAUUUACAUUUGUAGUAAAUACUUUCUGCAAAUAUUGAUGUAUUUUCAUAUCUUUUUAAAUGAAGUAUAUAAGCUACAAUACCCGGGUACAUAUAUGAUAUAUUUUAUACAUGAUAUUCUAGUGCAUUUUGCAUUAUGCUGUGAAAUGUCAUAUCUUAAUGGAUAAUUAUACGACAGCUUGUAAUUAUACCUCUACUUGGACAAACAUUGUAUGCAAAGAGGACAACCAUACGUCGUUCACACGACGAACAAUGAAUACAUUAUGAAUCGCAAGACUCACGGUACUAAUGGAGUUUCCGGCCAUAUUGUACGCGCGAUUGCUUGAAGGUACCGCGUUUAUUAUCGACUGGAAUUUACCAUCAGCUAGUAUUUCUCCAGCAGAUACUGACAUCUCUCUGCAUUGCUCUCGUUCUUAAAAAAAAAAAAAU